AUGUUUUUGUAUUUGUUUUGUUUUAUUUGUUGCGUGUCUAUCGGUGCUGGGAAUACGUUGAGCAAGGGCCUGCUUAGAGCGAGUGAUGGUUAUUUCACUUAUGGAGAAUAUACACAUUAUAAAUUGCCGGCCUGUAGGGACUGCAGUUGUGGCGAGCGUAAUGAAGAGGGUCGUGUGGUUGGUGGCUCCACUGCUGACUUAAAUGCUUUCCCCUGGAUUGCUCGUCUUAUUUACCACAAUUCCUUUGGUUGUGGCGCAUCGCUCAUUAACGACAAAUACGUGAUCACAGCGGCGCACUGUGUUAAAGGGUUUAUGUGGUUUAUGUUUAAAGUGAAAUUCGGUGAGCAUGAUCGAUGUGAUACUAAAAGUAGACCGGAACUUCGCCAUGUGGUGAAGAUGUACGUGCAUAAUUUUACUUUGACGGAACUGACGAAUGACAUUUCACUGCUGCGCCUAAGUAGACCCGUGGAGUAUUCCUAUGCCGUUAGGCCUGUAUGCCUACCGAAAGAAGCUAAUAACCUAUACGCAGGUAUUCAGGCCACUGUUUCUGGUUGGGGAGCUACGGCAGAAACCGGGAAAUGGUCUUGUACACUCCAGGAAGCACAACUACCAGUUCUAAGUAAUAAGGACUGUCAAAAUACGAAAUAUAAUGAGACAAAGAUCAAGGAUGUCAUGAUGUGCGCUGGAUACCCAGAAACAGCUCAUAAAGACGCUUGCACGGGAGACAGUGGAGGACCUCUUAUUACUGAAAAUAGUGACCAUGCGUAUGAUUUAAUUGGUAUAGUAUCAUGGGGCUAUGGGUGUGCAAGAGUGGGUUUCCCAGGAGUGUAUACUAGAGUGACUAAAUAUUUGGACUGGAUUCGAGACAAUACUGAAGACGCAUGCUACUGUGACUAUUAGAUAUUAAAUUCUAAUUAUUUACCUCACCUGUAUACAUCAAUUACCAUUAACUAUUUUAAUAAAAUUUAUUAAUACAA